AGUUAGUCGUGUUAAACGUGGCGCAGCUCAGCGGGAGACCGACCGUGUGAAUCCGGCGGAGAGCCGAGGACGUGGACACACACCGGACAGCCCCUCCGGAGAGCGACACCCCGGACUGAACAGCCCUGAUGCAGCCACAAUGCUGAGGUCCCUCCGCCUGUGUUAGCGCCGGUGCAGCUCCGCUCCGUUUCAGCAGCGCCGCUCAGGGAGAGUGACCAGUGACUAUGGCUGAAAACUGCGAGAUGGACGAGGACUGCUUUGAAGAUGCCUACGAUCGAAUCCCAGUGGCCUCUAAGAUGGAUCUCCAGACGUCCAUUGAGGAGUGCAGCAUGGCUCUGAACCUCGUACUCAACAAUAAGUUCUCGGAAGCUCUGGACCUGCUCAGACCAUGGUCUAAGGGCAGCAUGUAUCACGCUUUGGGAUACAGCAGCAUUCUGGUGAUGCAGGCAGCCAUGACCUUCGAGCACAAAGACAUCCAGGCUGCCAUGGCAACCAUCAAAGAGGCCCUGCACACCUGCCAGAGGUUCAGGAAGAGGAACUCGAUGGUGGAAUCUCUGUCCAGCCUGGUCUCUAAACAGUCCUGUGACAGCCUGAAAGCAGAGGAGAUGCAUGCGGAGAUCUGCUAUGCUGAGUGCCUCCUACAGAAAGCCACUCUAACAUUCGUACAGGAUGAAAACAUGAUCAGCUUCAUUAAAGGUGGCAUUAAAAUACGCACAAGUUACCAGAUUUACAAGGAGUGCCAGCAUGUGUUAAAUAUGUCUCAGGGAGUGGGCGGAGAAACUGACACCUUCAGACAGUUUGAGGGCGGAGUCAAGCUGGGCAUUGGCUCCUUCAACCUGAUGCUCUCUCUGCUGCCUGCCAGGAUUCUCCGACUGCUGGAAUUCAUCGGCUUCUCAGGGAACAGAGAGUUUGGUCUGGCCCAGCUGAGAGAGGGAGCAGCGAGUCACAGUCUGAGAGCCAUUCUCUCUGCGUUAACCCUGCUCUUCUACCACACAUACGUCUGCCUCAUCCUGGGUACGGGGGAAGGAAACCUAGUCGAAGCAGAAGCUCUGUUAGAGCCUUACCUGGACAGAUUUCCCAAGGGCUCCAUCAUCCUCUUCUAUUCAGCCAGGAUAGCUGUGCUGCGCGGCCACUUUGAGAAGGCUCAGGUGAAGUUUGUGGAAUGUAUUAACGCUCAGCAGCAGUGGAAGCAGAUCCAUCAUCUGUGUUACUGGGAGCUGAUGUGGUGUCACUCGUUCCAGCAGCAGUGGAGGGAAGCUUACCGCUACGCUGACCUGCUCUGCAAGGAGAGCCGCUGGUCUAAGGCGAUCUACGUCUAUCAGAAAGCUGCCAUCCUCAGCAUGAUGAGCGAGGAGGAGAUGAAGAAGACCGGCGAGAACGUGGUGGACUUAUUCAGGCAGGUCGAGGGUCUGAAGCAGCGUUUGGCUGGUAAGUCCAUCCCUACAGAGAAGUUUGCAGUCAGGAAGUCUCGCCGUUACUCGGCAGCGAAACCUGUUAAGCUCAUCAUUCCUGCGCUGGAAAUGAUGUAUGUGUGGAACGGGUUCACUAUCGUGGGAAAGCGGGCGGAUGCCACCGAGAGUUUACUCAUCACCAUCGAGAAAGCAGAGGAGGAGCUCCGCGCUGACCCCAACCCAUCGGAGUUCCACCCAGAUGACCAGUGUCUGGUGCAGAUGCUGAAGGGUUUGUGUCUGAAGCACCUGGGCAGGUUACUGCAGGCCGAGCUGUGCUUCACACAGGUCCUCUCGAGUGAGAAGCGUAUCCGUUAUGAUCACUACUUGAUCCCUUUCACCCUCUAUGAGCUGGGCUUACUGUACAAACAGCAGGGAGACGUCGCCAAGGCAACGCGGUACAUAGAGGACGCCAAGUUGAACUAUAAGGACUACUCCAUGGAGUCUCGACUUCAUUUCCGGAUCCACGCGGCUCUAAACAGCCUGAAAGGUUCCCCGGUAAAUUCGCCAUAGCAACGGCCCAGACGCACAACAUGAGGAGCGGACUACCGUCGGAUGGAUCACUAACAUGACCAACUCGAACAUUUAGCUCACACAGCAGCACGAGUCGCCGUGGAAACCUGACAAACAACCUUUACAGUACUGUAGCAGCAGAUAAUCGCAGGAACAGAAGCAGAGGUAACCGUACGACACUUAGAGCAACAUUACAAACCAAAGCCAGCCUCCUCUCUGUCCAUCCGCACUCAGAGGAGUCAGGUUCAGAGGUAGAGGUCCGUGGACGCUCCUCCAUUCUCUCACACACUCGUACCUCAGCUCGGACAGGAAUCAGAGGCUGCUUUAGUUGACGUGUGUCCUGUUUGUUCUGUAAACGCUGAUUUGGUUCUGGUAGUGCAGUUUAGCUGCUGUGAGAAUUCUCCACUUACAACACCAACACGGCUGCUUCUCAUGAAUGUCUUACUCUUUUACUUUAGACCAAAUAUCCGUGUUUGUGUGUGUGAGUGUGUGUCAUGCGUGAUGUAUGUGCCUCUGUGAGUUUAUACGUGUGUGUUUGUUACCAUGUGUGUCUUUAUGUACUCUUCGGUCUCUUUUUGCAUGCCUUUUAGAGCAUCAUUAUUAUUAUUAUUGUUAUUAUUAUUGUUGUUGUUAUUGUUUUUCUGCAGCUUUUAUACUUCAUAUAGUCGCUUAUAUUGGGAGAACAGUGCAAUAGCUGAAAGUCAAGAGAUUAGUACAUCUACCGUCUGUCUGCUUUUCAUUAAAGUCGUUGCUGUAGUGAGAGUAAAUUUGCUUCUGUUGAUGCAGCUUUAAGCAAAAAUCGAGAACAAGAUAAAUAUCUGAAAGCAAUAAUGAUUAGGGCCGGGUAUCGCUCAAUAACUUUUCAAUACUAAUAUCUUUAAUUCAGUACCGAUUCCUGAGCUGUACUGUUUCUGAUGCCCUUUUUUAAAAAUAUACCUCAGAAAUUGCGCAUCGUUCUGGAGUCCAUGUCCGUAUUAGGAACUCAAGCAGGUUUUCUUUAUGAGGAAAAACGUUUCGGCCGGUGUUCAUUUUCCCUUUACUGUCACUCGACCCUCUGAAUUAUGAGGUCGUUUGGCUUUAAAAAAUGGUAAUUCAUGGGAUCCAGUGACUUGCAGGUGAAAAAAGUACGUACGGCAGAAUAAAUCAGCCUCUUUGCUCAGCGCAGGGCGCAACAGCUGAAAACUCCAUUUAUUUUUCCCAUAAAGAAAAACAGCACAGCUCCGGUGUUCCUUAUAUGGGCGUAACACCAACUACAGCAUGACAACAGGACAACAGAGGACUAUUACAAACUGAAAGUGGGUGUGGCUUAACCUAGAAAUGAGUGUGCAGUGCUGGAAGUGGGAAUAUUACUGAAUACAAAUCAAGAAGCACUGAUGUCAAUAACAGACAUACACUGUUAUAACACUAUUAUAACAAUCAUUGUCACUAUUCUGUAUUAGUGAAGUAAUUCAUUUGGUACUGUAACAUAUAAAAGUAUUGAAUUUUGAUACCCAGCCCUAAUAAUGAUUAGACAGUAAUAUCUAUAAAUGAGUUUAGUGUAAAGAUACAUUUUUAAUUUUAAUUAAUUAGAAUUAAUAAAUUAAACUUAGCCUACAUUAGCCUACAUAUUAUCAACUGUAUUAUUAAUGUUUUUAUUGAUUUAUUUACUAUGCAGUGAGAUAACGUGUGUGUGAUAUUGAUACACAAUUGAUGAAAUAAAGGAAUAUCAGAAUAUUAUACACUAAUUGGGAAUCUCAAAACAUCUGCAUGAACAAAGUCACACAGAUGAAUCUCACUUUGAUGUUAUUGAAUUUUUACUUAAAAAAUAAAAUCAAUCAUCACAGCACAGGUGGAACAGCACAGCACAGUCCAAAACAGGAAAUACUCUUUAACGCGUCCAUAUCUGAAAUCUCAAAUGUUCUUUAGUGCAGGUGUUCUCCAAUCAGACUCACCGACUCGAAAAUGAGUUUUUAUCACUUAAAUAUAAUAUAUUAAAUUAUGCCUGUAAUAAAAUGAGAGUUUCAACAAAACACUAGAAAAUCCAAAUAAAAGUAUGAAAAUAUUGUGAAAUCAAAAAAUUAUAUGAGGUAUAUGUAGAUUAGGUGUAACUUUAGGUGUAACUAGACCAAAUUUAUAACAAAUCAUGAGAUUCUGCAGUAUUUUUCAGUAAAAUAAUGAAUUUAGUUAUUGGACAUGAAAGAGUUAACGCUCAUACAUAAAUAUGACACUGCGGGAUUCAAAUGCAUUACGGUUUCUAGGCUAUUUAAGGUUUUUUUUAUAGAAUUUAAUUUCUUGAUAUUAAUAUUUAGCUUGUUCUGUAUAUAUAGGAUGACGAGAGGCUCCUGCUACACUGCGUACUUAGCACAACCUGUCAUUUAAUUACUGCAUUAAAGAAGAUCUUAAGCCAUAAGCUGCAGGCUGCUAGUUGCCUUCUCUUUGUUACGACUGUAACUCAGUGUACUGUACAGCUAGAAAACUGACGCGAUGAGAAAAAAUACGGUAACAUUUUGCUUGGAUUCUGCUACAUAACAGUGACAUAACCAUGUCGUAAACAUGUGACAGCCAUGAGUGUAACAUAACAGUGUAUAACAGAAUAUUACAGUGUCUUGUAACCAUCACUGCUAAGGAAUCAUAUCGUUUGAUACUGUGACAGCGUGUGUACUAGUGUACUAAAUGGCUGUCUUGACAUCAAAAGUUAUGACAGCUGUCAAGACAAUUACUGGCAAUAGUGAUAUGACCCUGUUGUAACACUUCACUUGAAGGGUGUCUAUAAUGCAUUCAUAGCAUCUUACAUAAACACGUAACAUGUUCAUGAACGUUUAAUUAGACAUUCAUAAAGUGUACGUUUUACACAAUAUUAAUAUGGACUGCUGUGUCAUUUUACUGAGAGACAUUUUUCAAAAAUAAAAGUCCUCAUUAUUUAUUAUUAUUAUUACAUAUUAUUCUAAGUGAAAUGUCCAUUUCUGGACAGCCAAAACAAAAAUGACCUGCGCUUUGACACUGUGGCACGUAUCGCCUAUACUUUCAACUUCUUUUUAAAUAUUUUUAAAAUUUUAUUAUGAAAACGUCUCUCAGUAAAAUGACACAGCAGUCCAUGUUAAUAUCAUUAUAUCGAUUAAAACAUUCAUGAACAUGUUAUGAAGUGUUUAUGUAAAAUGAAAAACACCCUUCAAGUAAUAUUACUGGACAUCAUCUGUUAUAUUACUGGACAUCAUCUGCAAUAACAUGUUUAUAGCAUGGUUAUGUCAGUGUUAUGUAGCAGAGUUUAAGUGUUACCACAAAUACGCAUAAAGAUGUACUGUAGGUAGUAUUUUUAAUCAAUUAUAAAAGACCAAUUGCACAAUAUAAAUAAAACAAUCAUAAGAUCAGAACAUUCUUUAUAAACAUACCACAGUAUCCAUGGUAUGAUCAAGCAUAAACCUGUGUAGGCCAAAAGAUGUCAGUCUGUGUGUGUGUGUGUGUGUGUGUGUGUGUGUGUGUGUGUGUGUGUGUUUGUGUGAACAUGAACAUUGUGUUUGUUUCAUCACUUAAGUGCAUUCAUGACACUCCAGGAUAUUCAUGAGCUCUGCUUGUAGGAUCAUUCUGAGCAGGGCUGGAAUAUCUCUGCUCAUAAAUAUACAGAAGGAACUUAGUUUUUAAAAAAUAAACUGUGAUUUUCAGUCUUCAGUCCACUUUAACUUGACCUCAGAGUCGACUGCUAAGGUGAAUAGGAACAGUAGUUUUCCAGAAGAAGCUGUAAGUUAGAAUGAAUGCUGUCCACUGGCUGUAACUUUACAGUGAUGUUAAGACCAUAGUCCUCAGGCUGGGACACGGACAGCUUUUGGGUCAAAAAUGGACUUUAAUUCCUGUUCUGAUAUGAUGGGUUGUUAGCUGUAUUCCCAGCAUUGGGCCAGUAACUAACGACUGAUAAGCAGAAGCCAUCUAACAUCUCUGUGACCUCUGUAGUGUAUGAUUGAUUAGCACAGACGACUGUUGCGACGUAAAUGAACUAGAAACCCUUUUAGCUCGGGAUGCACCAAAAUUUCAGUCACUGAAAACAUUUGGCUGAAAAUGGUUGAGGGGGGGCCCCGCUUUUGUUUUUUUAAAGAAAGAGAAAGAAGACUGAAACUGCUGUUUGUUUACCUCGCUGUCCUGCACUGGUCAGCGGCGACACAUUCAGUUUGAGCAUUGACAGUGAAACACAAAGUCUAUAAGGCUACGUCCACGUUACCAGGCUGACGUGGCACAAAUCUGAUUUUUUGCCCUAAUGUGACUCAGAUCUGAUGUUUUCAGAGCUGUGUGGACACAAAUCUGAUCUUUUCAAAUCUGACCUGAGCCACUUUCAUAUGUGGUCCUAGAUCGGAUACGUAUCCGAUUUGUGGCCAUGCGACCUUAAUGUGAUGCUCAGAUCGGAAUCCAUGUGCUUUCUUUCCACUGUGCGUGCACCAUCAUUCAGCGUUACCAUGGCAACAGCGCCAAACAGAAGUUAAAGCUUGUAAACGGUGGAAAAGCAGCUCAUCUCACCUUUUUCUCCUUCGUCUCGCUCUAAUAAUGAAGCUGAGAGCUGAUCAGAGUUAAUUAUCUUCUCAGCGAAGCUCGUUCUGCUCGUUAGUUUGUGUUGACGUUACUGGGUAGGAUGCUGGUUUGUUCACAUUAAUGACAGAUUUGAGCCACUCACCUAAAUGAGUUUGAACCGUCAUGUCAGAGAGAUCGGAUUUGAGCAAAAAAUCAGAUUUGAGCAAUGAGGCUUGUAAUGUGAACGUAGCCUGUGUUCAUUAACUUGCAGACUUUUUAGCAUUAACUGAUUGAAAGAUAUUCUUUAAUGUAAAUCUCAUAAAUCACACCGAGUUACUCGAUAUCGUUUGGUAACAAACCUGUUCACCUCUGGGUUUGAAAUUUGUUACUGUAAACACAUACGUUGGUUGGAUCCUGCUGGUGUGGGUUCAUGACUGUUUCUUCACUUAAGAGACUCAUGUGCCAAUAGCGCCCCCUGCUGGAGAAACUUUAGACAUCUGUUCGCUUAAAAAUGAGCUUUUUUCUGUCAUCAUAGCAGAAAAGCUCUGGAGUUUCAGCUUUAGAUGCCUUUGGAAAACCAUAAAGAAUCAUAUUUUCAUAAUUUUACUUUAAUAGUUAAUAUUGUUUAGCAAAUUGCUUAAAAUUAAAUUAGUACUCCAAUUCUCUCAGUUCUCUUUCUCAACAUGGUUAUUAUUGGCUUUGAUGCAUUGUCAGCAUUACUACACCAAUUCAAGAGCAUAAAUCAACCAGAAAAUGAUAUAAAAAAGCUUUUGCACGACUCUGUCCUGAAGUUCGGGUUUGGUCAAGAAUUUUGGUGCAUCACUGCCUUUCGCUCAAUGUUUUUGACUGAGCAUUGAGAUUUACUGUCUGUGAUAGUCGACCACUGCACUCCAGAUGCGGCAGACAGAGACUGGGUUGAAAAUUCUGGGUUAUUCCUUUAAAAAUACCUGCUGUCCCUUUACAAGGUGAAAUUUUCUCACCUGUCAGUCGUUCCUUUGUCGUAAUUCUCCUCAAUCUGUGAGAUCUUAGCCGUGCUGGACUGAGGAAGCAUUUUGAACAUGUUGUAAUGCAUAUAAGAAUGUUAUAUACGUGUCAUACCGUGAUAUUAUAUGUUUCGAACUUCUGAAGGAAAAUACAACGAUCGAAUCUUGUUUUAUUUGCUUAUAUUUGGUGUUUUGAGCCGCCUAUCAGAGUGUGUGUCCAGCAGGUGGCAGUAGUGAAUAAUUAGGGUUAGAGCCACUGGCUGCAUUUGAAAUUUCAAUGUUUAUUCUUGUACUUAAUGCUGUUCUCCUGUAAGUCCUUAUUAAACGAAUCACACACAACAAAGAACUGAUUUUUAAGGAAUUCUGUUAGGACAUUCCUCCUUAAGGUGAGGUGGAUUGCAAUAGACAUAAAAGUGAAAAGGCAACAAAUAUCAAUUUCCAAAAGAUAAAGAAAAAACAAAUUGUCUUGUCUGUUUUGCUCUUAUUUUGCUUUUUUAUUAAUCUAAUUUUGGUUGUGUUGCUAUUUUAAAUUGUUACCAUUUGACUUUUUUAGCUCUCUGACGUUUGUACCUUGAGCUUACUGACAAAAUAUAACAUCUAAUAUUUACAGGACAUUGACAAACGUUAACCUCUCCAAUAUUUUUAUAAACAUUGCAGCAGUAUUAAAUUAUAAAUUGUGAAUUCCAUCUUCCACGUUUUUUUCAUAGCUACUGUUGCUAGAUUGGAGCUUUACAGUGCACUGCUAAGAUCUCAUUCAGCCUAAUGAGAAACUGUAGAACAGUCUCAGUUUAUAUCACAAUACCUACAUUUAGAGUCAGUUAUUCAUUCAACCUAAUGAGAAACUGUAGAACAGACUCAGUUUAUAUCACAAUACCUACAUUUAGAGUCGGUUAUUCAUUCAGCCUAAUGAGAAACUGUAGAACAGACUCAGUUUAUAUCACAAUACCUACAUUUAGAGCCAGUUAUUCAUUCAGCCAAUAUAAAAUACAGUUUCUUAUCAGGUUGAAUGGGGAUGUUUUAUCCCAUUGUUCCAGUGUUCUGUAAAGCUUGUUACAGCAUAACAAAUGAAGGCAUUUUAAGAGCUUUUAUUAUGGCUAAAACCAUUUUGUUUUUCACGCUAUUCGUUCAAAUGCAGCCAGUGAGUUUCACCAGUUUAUCAGAAGUUCAGUUCAGUUCAGAGGGCAGGAGUGGGACAGUUUUCUGUCCUCUAAAUAAUUGAGUGUGCGAUUUCAUUUUUCUUGUAAGUACAUUAAAGAAGGUAAUUUUGUUUGUGUGGGGGGGUUUGGGGGUGCAUGUAUUGGCCAGUAAUCUGGGCAGCUUUAACGUCAGAGGUUUUGAGUUUCAUGAAGUUUUGCAGGUGCUGAGGCCGCUGCUGUACUUUCAUUUACCACCAGGUGGCAGUAGGUGGGAGAGGUGUGUAAGGUUAUGUCUCUCUCUCUCUCUCUCUCGUUCGUUCAUUCUUUUUUGCAGUUUUUGUUUUUCAUGUUGUUCUCAGUGCCUGUUGUCUUUAUUGUUGGCUUUAAAACAGAACAUUUCCUCCACCCAGCUGUUCAGACUGUAUUCUGUACUUUAUUUAUGUUCAUUUUCAUCAAUAAAACAAUGACAGGCCA